AUGGCCGAAAAACUGCCGACCGAAGCCCAGAUAGCGCACCAGGAGCUGAUCGACCAGCUCGACAUCCACUCCAUCCACAAGAGCUUCCGCAACCCGCACUGGCGCCCGAACCAGCGCCGCAACAAGAACAUCAAGACCAUCCUCGGCGACGCCCAGCGCAAGGAGGCCUCCAUGGCCGCCACGCCCCAGGACAACAACAGCGGCGACGUGACGCCCGCCGUCGGAGGAGGAGGGGACGCAGAGAACGGGCUCUCGACGAGCGGCUCCUCGACGCCCGCCCAGUCUGCCGGCGGAGGCGGCUCCUCCAACAACCUGCAGCCGAACCUCGCCCAGGCCUCGCGUAGUCUGUCGAAGCUGGUGCUGGAGAAGAGCUUGCGCCCCAAUGGCAGCGGAGGAGCAGGAGGAGGAGGUGCGACCGUGUCGGCGCCUAGUGCUACCUAUACCAACGUCGAGUCGGCCCCGUCGCUGGCGCACACGAGGCGGUAUUGCGACGUUACGGGCCUGCCCGCGCCCUACUUGGAUCCAAAAAGCAGACUGCGGUAUCACGACAAGGAGGUGUUCGGCUACAUUCGCACGCUGCCCCAGGGCGUACCGGAGCAGUACUUGGAGGCGAGGGGCGCCCACACCGUCUUGAAAUGA